AUGGAAGAAGAACAGAGUAAGAAUCAAUUUCUUCCUAAGAUUCCAGUCAAGUCGCCUUGGUCAUCAUACUCAUAUACAAAGGCUAUUCAGGAAUCUCCAUACAAAGCUUUGGUUGGAGUGGUCAUUGAUGGAAGAGAUCCAGAGCGGCAUCCAGAAUAUUCUCGUUAUCGUAUAAGAAAGCAAACAGGCUUGACGAAUCGCUGGCGGCUACCCCAUUCCUUGUACAGUGACCUGCUAGGCACAGCUCAAGCCCUGAAAGCUGUAAAUAUGCCAUUCAACCAGAACCUGGUGAGCACUCUCAGUCGCACGUACCCCAGUAUGAAUCCCAUGCUGUUAACCUGCCAGGAUUAUAAUGAUAUGAAUGAGAAAAACUGGAGCCUACUAAAAAAAUCCACAAUACAAAAACGCACUACAGAGGAUGAAGAUCAUGAAAACCCGAUGCCUCCUGUAUGA